AUGAAAUCUCGUCUUCGUGGUGAUAAUAGUUAUGAUUCAACAAGUCAUGGAUCAUUUAGAUUAUUUUACUUCAAAUCUGAAAUAGCAAAAUUUUUACUACGAAAACCAAUGAUUCAAAUGUUAGCAACAACUUCUGUUAACGCCGCACUUGAUGUUAAUCAAAGUGAUGAAGAAGAUGAACCACCAACCAAAAAAUUACGCGAAUCCAGGUUCAAUGUAGAAGAUGUUAUACGUGGUUAG